GCAGUCAACAAGCGCUGGCAAUUAGGCCCCCCUUCUCUGUCCGGGCGAGUCUUGGAGCUUGCAUUUGCAUGCCGAGAACGCUACAGUACGAGGGCCGUGAUUGUUUUCUGUUUCGUCGUCGAAGUCUGAUGACACCUCAGGUGUCAUUUAGCGACUCUUCGUGUGCAAGUAGGCCAUCGAGAUAAGCAUCAAGGUUUCCCGCAUGCAUGAAAAGUAUUCGGUGAAGCCUGUUCAAGCCCAUAUGUGGUCACUCCAUCCCGUUCCCCAAAGCUCUGUAGUUUUAUUAUUCGUCUUGCAUCUUCCGUUCUGCUGCGUCUUGCUGCGUCUUGCUCCCCCUCACCAACCCUUGACAAUCGCAACGCCACAAUAGGCGACACCUUAUCGAUAUAUAUAUCACCCUUCCCCCACCAAACCACCGAUCGCCUCACUUUUCAACUCAAUCCUUGAACCUGUCUUGCCUUUUUGAAAAAGCAAGGCUGCGAUACCGUUCGGACCUUUUGCGGCUCUGGACGAACGCUACUGAACCCAAUUGAACUUCUAAUAUCUCCAUAUAUCUGACCGCAGUCCAUCCUUUUGUCGCCCGACACUGUCAUUGUCAGAUCUGCACGUGGGCCAAACAGUAACCACUAUUGAUUUCCUUCAUAGGAGUCGUCACAAUGAACAACAACCAAGGACCUCCCCCUCCACCUCCGCCCCCAGGACAUUUCAGAGGACCUGGAGCUGGGCCACCAGGUGGUGGUGGUAACAGAGUCCCACCUCCACCUCCACCACCCCCGGGUCAUCCAGGUCACACUCAAGGUGCUCCGCAGCAGCAGAAGCCUCCCCCUAUGAACAAUUCGACAAGAUUGGUCGAUCUUAGACCAAAGCCGUCAGUCCCACCAAUGGACGAGGCGGCAUUCAGGAAAAUGCUCACGCAAUAUUCUGCCUUCUCUGUGAGGAAGGCCUCACCGGCGACCAUUAGGGAAGAGCCCACAUGGGCGAGGGCCGAGGUGGUGGAUGAAAGAUUGGAACAAGGUGAAAUUGCGAAGCAGAUCAAAAGGUCGAGUGAAAAGAACAAGCGAUCUGUAGCAGAGCAGAAGGCAGCUCUGGCUCCAAAUCAGCACAAGCAGGUCACAAAUCUUCUGGACGAUUUGAUAUCGCGAGAAAGGGACCCCUUCUAUACUUAUUCAUUGGCUCAAAUCGAGUUGGAGAAGCGUGAAAUUCGGCGGUCAAGCAAAGACUCGAGAAAAAAGUCGUCCAGCAAAUCCAGCACCAAACUUGAAACUACGUUGAUGAUGAUAUACGUGCGGAGGAGUCCUCUCCCGCAUAUCAAUUGCCGGCACUUUUAUGAGACCAUGGAAAAGGCUAGAGCGGAUGCAAAUCGCCCUCCUCUUCCUCCUCAGCAGCAACCACUGCCGCCGCCGCCACCUGGCCCGCUGCCUGGGCCACCAAACAAUAAAGGGGGUGGUGGAAACCCGCCUAUCGUCACAAUAAAUGGCGGAAAGAGCCCAAUUCGUGGAAAGAGUCCCAGGAGAAAGGGGCCACGACAUAACGAUUCAGCUUCGAGUUCAUCUUCCGGAUCGUCGUCGUACGACUCGGAUUCGGACUCGAUGUCAAGAACAGAUUCGUCCAUGACUUCUAUGAGUAGCAGAUCGAAGCAUGGAAGGGACCACGGACGCAGCCAUUCUAGGCGACCUCCAAGUCGAAGCUUUUCUCGUGCGCGGAGUCGUUCUCAGUCGCGUCUCCAAAAAGAAGCUCCCCGCCACCAUCAGAAGGAUUAUUAUGUUGAUGUUCGUCGAGGACCUUCCCCAGAGCCGUGGCUGCACAACAUGGCAUCCCCUCAACCCACCCGUACCAUACCCAAUGCCCCCGUGGCUACAGCCAUAGAUGCCUUCGAGGCAUACCGUCUAGGACGCAUGGAUGCAAAAGCGGAUCUUGCCGAACACCAGCCAGCGCGUGUGCCUCAUAGACCCGUUGUGGUACAGGAUCCACCGGUACGGGCUCUCACUUAUGAGACGAGACGUAAUAGUCUCGUCGAGCCUCAUCACCCUGGACCCCACCUUCCUCGUCAAUACGCCUUGGAACCUCGAUACGAAACACCUGUAGCUCCUCGUCAUAGAGAAGAAAGAUAUCAUGAGCAGCCUCGAGCUUUUGUCCCCGAAGUUCGAGACUACCGGUAUCCGGACUAUCAUCGAGGACCUCCUCGAGUGGAACAGUUUGUUUCCGACUUUCAGGACUUUCAAUCUGAUAACACCAUGCCUCGAUCUCCUUCACCACCGCCUUUCCGUGAUUUCGAUUUGCGUCGCCAGGAACGAGAUGUCGAAGAUUACCAAGAUCGAAUUCAUCGAGGAGAUGCGAGAAUAUUGCCCAUGAGGAAUUUGAGUAUUAACCCGAACCCCUUUUCACCAAUACCAGCUCUUCGACCUCAGUACUCUCCUACGCCAAGUUUCUCGUCGAGCUCCCGGGGUUGGUAACCUUUGGGUCAUGUUAUCCGUGAAAGGGGUUGGGUCGUUACGAGACGGAUUUCUUUGGUUGUAGGCACUUUUCCUUGGAGGGGGCAUUGGAUCUUUUUUGGGAUUUCCUGCGAUGCUUGAUCAGUAUUGUUCAGAUGUGUUUGGAUGGAUUGGACGGACUCGUCUAUUGAUUUCUAUUUGGUUUAAACCCAAAUCUGGUGCCUGGCGCAUGGGAAUUUUUGAUUAUUACGUUGCACAUGAUACCACACACACUUAAUGAGUUAUGUAUUGAAAUGAAAUGAUUUUCUUUGCGAAAGAGGAUAUGCUCUGAUGAACAUGAACGAGUUUCCUUCGCUGCGGCAUUAAUUGUGAUGAUACCAUUUCUGUUCAAUUAGUGACAGCUCUUGAAGAAGAAGUAGAAGAAGAAGCAAGUGUAGAUGCCACUUUGCGCGUGUCCCGGUCCUUAUAUGGUUGGCGUUCGCGUGGGAGCGUGGGAUUUACCAUGGGAUUGAAAGGACGAAGAGGGUUCCAUUGCAUCUUCCAACCAUCUGACGCUGAUGCAACACACCUCUUUGGCGAAUACCCAAAUACCCAAGUCCUCGAGCUGCCACGAGGUUCUGCAUCUAGGUAUGGUUGCGUCGGCCGCGGGGGUUGAGCAACUUCGCGCGCGAGAGGGCCAAUUGAAGAGACGCGACACGAUGAAUGGACAAUUUGCCCGUCUGGGAAAACAUCAUUGGAUGUGGAAACGGGCGAUAUCGGGAUGGAAGACGGGACGAUAUUAACACGACGAAUACUUGAUACAAAUAAGAAAAGAGAUUUCACGUGGGGAGAGAGAGAGGGAUUUCGCGCAAUGAGUGCAUUGGGGGAAGAAGAAAAAAACAAGAUGGUCGGGCGUCAUUGGCCGCGGGGCUCUUCCUUGAAUUAUCCCCCCCACCACCUCAGCUUGACAACGUCUGAAGAACCUCUCUGCUACCGCAGCAUCCCACCUUGUUUUUGAAAACUACCCUUCUACCCUACGAACCCUUUCGAAAUUCUUCAAUUAAAUUACAUUGCUUUUCGGAAAUCUGCAAUCAUGGCUCGUCAAUUCUUUGUCGGUGGAAACUUCAAGAUGUACGUGCCAGAUUUUGCUGGGAAGCGCGGGGUCGUUUGGAUGGGGAGAGCUUGGGCGGGACAGAGGGGAGUUGGAGAGAGUGAUACUGAUUUUGGUUUAGGAACUCCUCUUCUGAAGGCAUCAAGAAGAUUAUCAGCCAUUUGAAUGAUUCCAAAUUGGAUCCUAAGACUGGUGAGUUUGAGUUCUCCUUUUUUUGUCUGGUUGUGUUGUUGAGGGUCUCGGGAACUCUCGAUCAGGAGGGCAAUUUGUGAGACCCGACAACGAUAUUUUUCUACCAAAGAAAAAGAACAACGCAUAGUUAGAGACCCCUUACUGACGAAACCUUCUUACAGAGGUUGUCAUCGCUCCCCCAACCCUCUACCUCCUCCUUGCCCGCGAAGUUGCCAAGGCACCUAUCGAGGUUGCUGCCCAAAACGUGUUCGACAAGCCAAACGGUGCUUACACUGGCGAGAUCUCAGUUGAGCAUCUCAAAGACGCUGGCAUCAGCUGGACACUUCUCGGACACUCCGAGCGUCGUGUUACCCUCGCCGAGGAUGAUCAAUUCGUUGCUAGCAAGACAAAGGCCGCUCUCGAUGGAGGAGUUGGAGUUAUCUUCUGCUGUGGAGAGAGCUUGGAACAACGUGAGGCCAACGAGACUGUCAAGGUCGUUACCAGACAACUCGCAGCUGUGAAGGAGAAGGUUAGUGACUGGAGCAAGCUUGUUAUUGCAUACGAGCCUAUCUGGGCUAUUGGUACUGGAAAGGUUGCCUCUACCGAGCAGGCACAAGAGGUCCAUGCUGCCAUUCGGGAGUGGUUGAAGAAGGAGGUUAGCGAGAAGGCUGCAGAAGAGACCAGAAUCAUCUAUGGUGGAAGUGUGAGUGAGAAGAACUGCAAGGAUUUGAGCAAGAAACCUGAUAUUGAUGGGUUCUUGGUCGGAGGUGCCAGUUUGAAGCCUGCGUUUGUGGAUAUCGUUAACAGCCACUUGUGACUGCAUGGCGAUGCUAGGCUUUGAAGGAGUAGAUUAUGAGGUUGAAAAGGGCAAUGCUGCUACCUGAGAUACAUACCCACUCCAAAGAAAAUGAAUUACAAAGGCUCGGGGUUCACCUAUCUUCUCUUGGGAAAGGGAGACAUACUUCUUAUUGUCUUGCAGGAAUGGCCUUGACUUAUAAUAUGAAACUUUGUGUAGAAUGUUAUUAAAAUAUAUUGUUUCGACAGAUAAACGAAAAAGAAAAAGAACGCCCUUGUUUGGUCCAUCA